AUGCAAGCUGCCGGACUCAGAUACACGGGAGUCAGCGAUACAGUUCGAUGUGAUACAUGUCAUGUUGAAAUAUCAGGUUGGACAGCAACUAUGAAUCCAUUUAUCAUUCAUGCAGAAAAAAGUCCGAAUUGUAGUUUUAUUCAAUCUAAGAAGUCUUUUUAUGCUGGCAUGCCAACCAUUGAUUCUCAACCAUCAACAGUCAACUUCAUUGGAACUAAAUUAGAAAUGAGCGACGAAACAAAUCCAUCAAAACGUCAAAAGAUUGAAACUAUACCCAAAGAUACGACUCAAAAUCUACUUAUCGAAGUCAAUGCACUAAAACAAGCACGAAGGCGUUCAUUCUCACAUUGGCUACAAGAGAAAGCACCAUCUCGAGAUCAAAUGAUAGAAGCUGGAUUUUUUUGUUGUAAUGUCGGAGAUCGUGUCAUUUGUAUUUACUGCAAUCUCAUCUGUCAGCAGUGGAUAUCUUCUUCAGAUGAUCCUAUUGAAGUACAUAAAACUCUCCGACCUCGAUGUUCUUUCGUUGUGUCCAUGAUGAGACGAUGCGAAAAACUUCCGGUCUCAAUUGUAAACGAGACGAUUAAUAAUCAUGCAUCUAUAAUGAACGGAGUGGCUGUUUCAAAUGCAUUUCGUUACAAUGAGAUCAUACCAAUAGCAGCUUGUCAUCCUGCAUAUAUUGAGAUUCCAAAACGACAGGCAUCGUUUGCUAAUUGGCCUACGGAUUCUUUACCAUCAAUUGACGAUCUUGUUCGUGCUGGAUUUUUCUACACUGGAACGAAGAGCAUCGUCACUUGUUUCUAUUGUAAUGGGUCACUAAAGAAUUGGGGUCCGAAUGACAAUCCAACCAUUGAACAUGCACGCUGGUAUCCACACUGUGCCUAUGCUAAACAGCUCUGUGGUGACGAACUUUACCGAAAGAUUCAAGAAUGUAACCGAGAGCGAAACAAACAGGUUGAACGUAUUGAAUCUACAGAGAGAAAUGGUGUUAGUGGUACUAGUAACAACAAUUCAUGUGGAAACAGUUUCAAGUUGCACAUAGCAGAUGAAAGUACUUUAUCACGUUUGGUCGCUGCUCGCUUAGAUUUAUCAAUUUCACAGAGAUUACUCGAUCAAAACUUCAAAUUAUCAAUCAUCAAACGUUGCUGGGAAGACCAACUGCGAUUAAAACGUAUUUAA